AUGAAUAUUUUUUCAUAGAAACCAAGGGGAAGUGUGUUUGUUUGAUUUGCAAUGAGAGUGUUGCCGUGAUGAAAGCAUUCCGUGCGAAGCUCCGUCUCUUCGAGUCACAACUGCGCAACUUCAAUGUAGCGCACUUCCCCACGCUGACCGAAAUCAAAUGCGCAUUUCCAAAUGCCAAGCUCUCUGCAAAAAUGGGAGAAUAUGUGUCUGUGAUCACAUCUCUCAUGACAGAAUUCAGUCAGCGCUUCCAAGAUUUUUCUGUCAUUGAGAAGGAAAUCACACUGUUUGCGGCUCCGUUUUCAAUGGAUGCAGAAGAAGUGGAGGAGAGUCUGCAAUUAGAACUGAUCGAAGUUCAGUGUGAUGAUUCUCUGAAGAAUCAGCAUCAGCUUCUCUCCCUACCUGACUUCUACCGGAGCUUGGAAAAGGCCAAGUUUCCUCUGAUGAGACGCCACGCAAAACGAAUGAUGAGUCUGUUGGGCUCAACAUACAUCUGUGAGCAGACAUUCUCUCUGUUAACGCUGAACAAAAGCAGACUGAGAACCAGAACGACCGACAGCCAUCGGUCCGUGACAUCCUUCGCAUCUCAACCACCAAACUUACUCCUGACCUGCCAGCUAUCCUUCAGACCAAAGCGCAGCAUCACUGCUCCCACUGAGCGCAACAUUCUUCCCAUUACAGGACAAUGACGGGGGAUCAGCACCCUAAGAACCAAUCUGAGGCUGUCACUGAGAGAAUGACCUGCCAACCUUUUUGUAAAAAAUAAAAUGAAAAUCUACUAAUGGAGAGCUAUGAUGGAGGCUUUUUUUCUUCAAACAUGUUCAAUUAUCAAACGUAAUUUACCUGCAUUUGAUUGAUUUUGCCAAUA